AAUUGUAGUGUAUCUAGACAAUGGGAUUCAAUUCAGCAAUAAAGUGGGACAAAAUUCUCAUAAUACUAUAAUAUGAAUGAACCUUGAAAACAUUAUGCCAGAUGAAAAGAGCCAAGCACAAAAUAUUAUACCCUGUAUGAUUCCACUCACAUUUUUAAUGUUGGCAUAUUGUUGCAUUGCCUGGAUAUAGCAUAAAUCAUCUAACCAGGCACUAUUGUUGGACUUGAUGUUGUUUCUAUUUUUCAAUACUACAAACAGUACUAUAACGAUCAUCUUUGUGUCUAGAUAUUUCUGGCUAGCCUUAAUUAUAUCUUUGGACCAAUGCCCAGAAGUGGAAUGGCCUGUUUGAAGGUCUCUGCAUUUUAAGGCUUUGGUUCCCCUGGGUACGCUGCCACCAUGCUGCUCCUCGUCAAUAGUGCCAAUUGUCAAGUGGCAGGUUUUGCUCUUAUCACCGUGGGAUGGCUCCUGUCGGCGACUUCCAUGGGCCUCGCGGAGUGGCGAGUGUGGCACGUAGACAAUGCCUCGUCAUUCCCCCCUGGUAUCGCCUGCGUGGGAAUGUGGAGAGUCUGCGUCUACCACCAUAGCAGCAACAUCAGAAAAGCCAAAUUUUGUCACCGGUACACCAUCCUUGAUGACUUUCUCCCUGCCGACAUUCAUCUUUCUCAAUACCUCCUGCUGACGGCCACCAUACUAGGGCUCCUGGGGAGAGGCUUCCUCAUUUUAGCGCUUAGGAACGUAUACCUGGGAAUUGUUCAGAAGCAUGACAUUAACAGUCCAUUUAUCAUUUCAGGGAUUCUGAGCAUAAUUGCUAGUAUCUGUAUCACAGUUGCUGUGCUCCACAAUUACAACUGUAUCAGGCAUCUACGGGGGAUUGCCUUCCCGCCAUCCUUCCGUCUGCCCUUCAAGCCAGAUAGCCAGGAAGCAGGGAGUGCUGCUUUAGUAGCAAGUCUGGGUGCCUUCCUGAUGUUGUUAAGUGGGAUUUUUUCUCUCUUUUACACUUUUCCCCUGGAUAGCCAAGUGCAUCCCAUGGCUUGGGAACCAUGAAUUUCCCUAUUGCAUUCACUUUGCAAAUUCAAGAUUCCCAGGAGUUUAUGGAAAGUAUUACCAGAAUACUCUACCAAAUAUUUCUAAGGACUCAAGACCAUGUCAAAGGUAGUUCAAGAUGGAAAAUGGCCAACUGUUUUCUUCUCUUGCCUUGUGUUUGGAAUGUUGUUCAUGAUUGGUUACGUGAA